AUUUUCUUCCCCUGAAGAAUUUUCGUUGCCCUGGUGCCAAUCCUUACAGGGUGGUUCAACAUUUUCGAGAAUGUACAAAUCAUUCGCUUUUUUUGAGAACUCUCUGCUCCCCCUCUGCAAAGAGUACAUUAUCACUUUUGUUUUAUUAAGACAUGAAAAAGUAAAAUUCCAGGAAAGACUCAACUUGCAGAGCAAAGCUAUAAAUUGGCAAAAAAAGGGACAAAGUGGCCUUUUAGGGGACAAAUUGCUGAAACUGACUUCCCUGCAGCAUAGUACUGAAAUGUCCCAACUUCCCUGAAGUCGAUAAACAUUAGGGCUAGAAUAUUGGAGUAGUUUUGUGAAGUAUAACAGAUGCAGAUUGGAUGUGGCUUGAGAGUGGAGGAGAACAGGUAAUCGCUGUGCAUGUUGUCUUCUCUAAAGCACUUUCCCCCAUCCCUAUUUUAUAAACCGAGACUGCUGUGAUUUCAGUUUGCAACAGUACAAACAGAGCACAGUACGUUGUACCUUUCCAACCUUAAUCACUUGUUUCAUUUUGUUUUGUAUGUAUCGUAUUAAUAGCUUUUUCAUGCUUGAUUUGUUGUGAUAGCUCUGCAUUAAGGUUAGUGUUACAGAAUGACUCGAUUUGAACCAGGGUCCCCACAUUCUGUGAGCUGCACAAUUACAACUGAGCCACAAUGACAUUGGAUUUGAUUAUUGUAAAUCUUUGGUGUCUAAAAGGGGAGACCAGGGCGAAUGGAGGCCACUUUGCCUGAAACAAAGAAAAGUGACUCAGGGAUUGGACUUGAUGGUGUGUGGAGAUCUGCAGACUCAAUCAAUAUGAUCAACCCGAGAAUGGGACUUGCGUUUACCUCCACGACCCUCCUUGUGCUGCUGCUGGUCCUGGGUCGUAGCAAGGGUCAGAUGGAAGAAGAGGAGAAGCUGAAGGGUGUGACUCCCCCUUCAAAAAGAUGUUUCUGUGAGCUGCAGAAUUUAGGAGCUGCUUUCCCCUGGCAGGAGUUCCAAAUAGUCCACAGCUUCUCAUCUAACUGCACACAGACUCUUAGCAAACAGGAGUUUAUUGAAGUGGACAGUCUCCUGGCCAGCCUGUACUAUCGUCUCCAGAACUUGGAGAAGGAUGUCAAGGACUUUGAGGCUGACUUCGACACAGGGCUGUACAGCGUCAUCUCCCUAAGAAUCAUUGAAAUCGAGCUGACUGAGAUCAGCAGCCUGCUCCUGAAGCUCAACCAGACCAGCCAUAACAAAAAGGCUCUCCUGGACAACCUGACUCCACAGAUGCAGACCAUGGCUGAUAAGCUUGAAGAGAUCAAGCAGUUUGACCGAAUGCAUGUUGUGAAGAGACAGCAAGAGAGCAAAAGACUUAAAAGGAGCCUGAAAGAAUGUGAGGUCAAAUUGGAGGCGACACCUGCUCCAGUCACAACCCCAGCUCCAGGAAACUGCCCCUUUGGCCGACUGUUGAAUAUAACUGGUCCCAACAGCUUCAUGGUAACCCAGUACAGUACCUCUUACCCUUAUGGAGCUUGGGGUAUGGACCCCAAACCAGCCCCUGGCAAGGAAGACAGGCACUGGCUGGUGAUCCUGACCACCAGUAAUGUCUUUGGCAACUACAUCCGGAUGUAUAGCAGCCACAGCGACCUGGUUGCUGCCAAGCAAGUAGAAGAUAUAACAGUUACUUCAUCCACUACUACCACCAACUCCAUAAUGGGCCCAGGCUCUGUGAUAUACAACAACGCCUAUUACUACAACUGCUACAGCUCCAGUCUUGUGUGCCGAUUUGACCUGACCUACAAAAACAUCAGUACCAUGGAAUUGCCAGGGGCUGGCAGCAGCAAUUCGUUUCCCUACUGCCAACCUUCUUCCUGCUUCCUAUACACAGAUAUAGACUUGGCCACAGACGAGUCAGGGCUGUGGGUUAUCUACACAUCCAAGGCGAAAUUCGGCAACGUUAUCCUCAGCCGCUUGGACGCCCACAACCUCACCCUGCUCCAAACAUGGUACACCUCGCUACAAAAAAAGAUCAUCACAAACGCAUUCAUGGCCUGUGGUGUGCUCUAUGCUACCCGUUUUAUUGACAGCAGCUAUGAUGAGGUUUUCUACUCCUUUGACACCAUAACUGGGGUUGAACGGUCCAACUUAGCCUUUCCCUUCAGGAAGAUGUCAACCAACAUCCAGCACCUCAACUAUAACCCACGCAACCGCAUGCUCUACGUCUACAAUGAUGCCUACAUCCUCAGUUACCAGGCGGUGUUUGGGUAGAGGCUGUUGCGAUACAUUGGAACAGACCCGCUACGUUUUCAUACAAGUAUGCAUUUUUUGCUGAAACUUAACUGGUUUUGUUCUGUUUUUUUAUUUCAUUUUUUGCAUGCAAUGAUCAGUAAAAUGUGAAAUUUUUCACAAAUAUUUUAAACUGAGGUACUGUAAAUAUACUGUGUGUAAAUUGUGCAACUGCAACUAAUUGCUCGAAAAAAACUAAACAUAAUUUUUGGCAUGAUGUUGGUAAUAAUUAUUGUGCUGUUAUUUUUUCAUAAUUGCUUUAUGUUAGACACAUUUGUAAUACCUGACUGAUAAUGUGUAAGCUUCAAACUUUAAACAACUUGAAUUGCUAUUAAAUGAUUCACAUUUACAGCU